AUCUGAAGUGACUGUGUUAUAGUGGACCUGAGCUCUCUUGGACCGUGUCGUCAUGGGGUCCAGGGUGCUGGUCCACGGCGUUGGCAUCAUCCUGUGCUGCUCCAUCCUGAGCUGCGUCUAUGGCCUGGUGGAUGCUGAUGACGUGCUCACGAAAGAAGAGCAGAUCUACCUGCUGUUCAAUGCAAAGCGGAAAUGCGAGCGAGCCAUCAAGUCCAAACACAAGAUUCCAGACAGCUACUGUCAGCCAGAGUGGGAUGGCAUCGUGUGCUGGCCAGAGGGGGUCCCCGGGAAGGUGGUGGCCACGGCCUGCCCCGAGUACAUCUACGACUUCAACCACAAAGGCCAUGCCUACCGCCGCUGCGAUGGGAAUGGGACAUGGGAGCUGGUGAGCAGCAACAACAAAACCUGGGCCAAUUACAGCGAAUGUGCCAAAUUCCUCAGCCAUUACAACUACAACCACAAGAAGGAAGUCUUUGAGCGACUGUACAUGAUUUAUACCGUGGGCUACUCCAUCUCCCUGGGAUCACUCAUGGUCGCCGUCGUCAUUCUGGGAUAUUUCCGGCGACUCCACUGCACCAGGAACUAUAUCCACAUGCACCUGUUCGUGUCCUUCAUGCUGCGUGCCAUCAGCAUCUUCGUCAAGGAUGUAGUGCUGUACUCGGGCUCUGCUCUUGAGGAGGUCGAGCGAGUCAGUGUGGAGGAUCUCAAAUCCAUCACCGAGGCUCCCACUGCUGAUAAGACGCAGUUAAUUGGCUGUAAGAUUGUUGUGACACUCUUCCUCUACUUCCUGGCCACCAAUUAUUACUGGAUCCUUGUGGAAGGCCUCUACCUUCACAGCCUCAUCUUUAUGACCUUCUUCUCUGAUCGGAAAUACCUCUGGGGAUUCACUCUCAUUGGCUGGGGGCUUCCUGCUGUGAUCGUGACGGCGUGGGCGAGUGUAAGGGCUACGCUGGCCGAUACAGAAUGCUGGGAUCUGAGCGCUGGCAACUUGAAGUGGAUCUUCCAAGUUCCUAUCCUGGCAGCCAUAGUGGUAAAUUUUUUGUUAUUCUUAAAUAUCAUACGAGUUCUGGCCACGAAACUACGAGAGACAAACGCGGGUCGAUGUGACACCAGGCAACAAUACAGGAAGCUUCUGAAGUCUACGUUAGUUCUCAUGCCCCUGUUUGGUGUGCACUACAUCGUCUUCAUGGCCAUGCCAUAUACAGAGAUCUCGGAAGUGCCCUGGCAGAUCCAAAUGCAUUAUGAUAUGCUCUUCAAUUCAUUCCAGGGCUUUUUUGUGGCAAUCAUAUACUGCUUCUGCAACGGAGAGGUCCAGGCAGAGAUAAAAAAGUCUUGGAGCAGGAGAACGCUGGCUUUGGACUUUAAGCGGAAAGCAAGAAGCGGCAGCAACACAUACAGCUAUGGGCCAAUGGUCUCCCACACCAGUGUGACCAAUGUGACUGCCAGGGGCCCACUGGCUCUCCACCUCACCACCCGGUUGGGACCUGUCUCCACGAAUGGGCACCGCAACCUGCCAGGAUAUGUUAAAAAUGGCUCUGUCUCCGAGAACUCCAUUCCCUCCUCUGGGCAUGAGGUCCAUAUCCCAGAGGAGGAGCACCCCAAUGGCAUGGGGCUGUGUGAGGAGAUCAAGCCUGUACCGAUGGUAGAGGAGGAGAGGGAGACUGUCAUGUGACUGAAAACAGACAUCCACAGCAUCCAGUGCUGGGCUGUUUGCUCAAAACAGCAGAACAAAGAAGGCAAAAUGUUUGGUUCAUUCUCAGGAUGUUUUA